AUGAUCGCUAUUUAUAAAUUAUUUAAAGAGGGCACUUUAGAUGAAAACAACAAUGAAAAAGACUACCAAAAAUGGGUCUACCUAAAAUGGGAAAAAGAAACGACCGACAUUGAACACUCUUUGGGAAUUCUCGACAAGCUUCGAUCAUUGGAAAGCAAACUUGCCCAAGUGAUCAAGAACAUCAAGAAACGACUGGAUAAUUUCGAGGACAAAGUCUUUUUCGGAAUCUGGAAGGCAGACGACAUAAUCAUCAAAUGGGAGAAGAGAAAGCUUGAAAGCGCUCUUGAGGAACAAAUUGCUCUCGCGAAGGAUAUUCAGAAGUUGGAAAGCGAUCUUUUCCGUUUGCUCAAUGUCGCAUAA